AUGUCUGGUAUUGCAUUAAAAUUAACAUCAUUACUAGUUCGAACAAUUGCAAAACCAAUUGGAAAUGCAAUUAAAUUACAAGCUAAAAAUCAUGAAACUUUUCGAAAAGGUUGUAUUACAUUUGCUCAAACAUUACAUUCCACAGAAAUUAAAUUAAGGAUGCAUUUAUUAGGUGAAAAGAAAUUAAAAAUUCGUCCGUUGAAUGAUAAUAAAGCAAUUGAUCAAGGUGCUACUUUCAUUUCCGAAUUUUUUAUAUUUUCAGUUGCUGGUAGUUUAAUAUUAUAUGAAAGUUAUAGAUCUCGAAAGAAAGCAAGUGAUGAAAGAGAUGCAUUAGCUGAUGAUAUAAGUGUAUUACAAAAUGAAAUUGAAUAUUUAAAACUUAAAUUAAAAGAUUUUAAUAUUAAAUUGGAUGAUUAUAAAGUACCAGAUGGAUAUAGUCCAAAAUAUAUAAAGAUACAGCAAACUGAAAAUGGAAAUGAGAUAAUGCCUGAGAUCAAGAAAGAAGCUGAUACCAAACCAAUAGUACCAGAAAUUAAAACAAAUGAUGACACCACCCCCAAUAGAGAAGAAAUAGAUACAUGUAAAUAG